CGUUGUCAAAGUGAAAUGAGGAAAUACAUAUAUAUAUAAAGGACGUAAGAUCUUAUCGAACCCAUUCCUUCCUUUUCAUCAACAGCAACAACUUCUACCUUUUCUUCCUCUUCUUCUUCUCCUCCCUUUCACGGUAUCCUCGCCAAAGAUGGCCGUCUUACAUCAAUAUGAUUACAUCUUUGCCAUCGGUACAAUGUUUGCCAUGUUGGACGCAUUCAACAAUGGUGCAAACGAUGUAGCCAACUCAUGGGCAACUUCCGUUUCAUCUCGUUCGAUCAGUUAUAGAUGGGCGAUGAUUUGUGCUUUGGUGUUUGAGCUGUUAGGUGCACUUACUGUUGGUGCACGUACAGCAGACACGAUCAAGAAUGGUAUCAUUCCAAAUUCUGCUUUCCAAGGUAACGCAGGUGUUCAAAUGUUAGCAUUCACUUGUGCUUUAGCGGGUGCUUCAUCUUGGGUAAUGUGGUGCACACGUCAUUCAGCACACGUUUCUUCAACUUAUUCUUUAAUUUCAGCAGUUGCCGGUGUUGGUGUUGCUACCGUUGGUGCAAGUUCCGUUCAAUGGGGUUGGAACAAAGGUAAAGGUUUGGGUGCCAUCUUUGCUGGUUUGGCAAUGGCUCCUUUUUGUGCUGCCGGCUUUGGUGCAAUCACUUUCAUGUUGAUCAAAGUUGUCGUUCAUAUGCGCAAGAACCCUGUUCCAUACGCCGUUUGGACUUCUCCUUUCUUCUUCUUGAUCGCUGGUACAGUUUGUGCUCUCUCGAUCGUGUACAAGGGAUCUCCAAAACUUGGUUUGGACAAGAAGCCUCCAUCAUUCAUCACUGCUGUCACAGUUGGUACAGGUGCAGGUUUGUGCUUGGCUAGUGCAUUCUUCUUCCUUCCAUGGUUACACUGCAAAGUCAUCAAGAAAGAUCAAUCUUUGAAAGCAUGGGAAGUUAUCAAAGGUCCACUCUUGUGGUCUCGUCCUUACGCUGAAGGUGAAAACGUUGCCAAGGUUCCUGAUUACAGUGUUAUCCAACAUGAUGUCGAGCACAACGAUGCUGAAACUCCAAGUGAAGAUGAAAAGGACAAGAUUGCCACCCUUGGUCAAUUAGAAGAAGAACUUCAACCACGCAAGACUCAAAAGCAAUUACAAGCCGAAGCUGAUGAACGUUUCCACUCUAAGCUUCGUCUAAAGAAAGGUCCCUUGGGAUGGGCAAUGCGUUAUUUGCACGAUAACCCAAUGGGACCAGGUAUGAUUUACGAAACCCACAACAUGAAGAUGUUUAUCAAACGUAUUCCCGCUUACAUCACUGUUGCUGCUCUUUAUGGUAUGAAUUACGAUAUUCACGCCGCUCAAACUGGUAUCGAAGGUACACCUGAAGGAGCAAGAAUGGAACGUGUUUAUGCUCAUGCCAAGAAAUACCCAAACGAAGUCGAACACACUUAUUCGUUUAUCCAAUUGAUCACAGCUUGCACUGCCUCUUUCGCUCACGGUGCAAAUGAUAUCGGUAACGCCGUCGCUCCAUGGGCAGUCAUUUACUCUGCUUGGCAUACAGGUGAUGCAGCCGCAUCCAAAUUACCAGUCGAUCUAUGGCAAAUUGCCGUUUUGGCUCUCGUUUUGGUUUUGGGUUUCGUUACAUAUGGUUAUAAUAUCAUGCGUGUUAUGGGUAACAAGCUUACGUAUCACUCUCCAUCCCGUGGUACAUCUAUGGAAUUGGGAGCAGCAAUUACAAUCUUGAUCUUCUCUCAAUACAAAUUGCCCGUUUCCACUUCAAUGUGCAUCACAGGUGCAACUGUUGGUGUUGGUUUGAUGAACGGAACACACAAGGCAGUCAAUUGGCAACGAGUUGGACUUUUGUUCAUCUCUUGGGUUCUCACAAUUCCAAUUGCUGGUAUGUUGGCUGGUUUGCCAAUGGCAAUCAUUCUCAACGCUCCAAGAUUUGGAUUGUAAAGGGAUCUUUUUUCAAAACUCUAGUCAUGCUGUCAAUCAGUUCAUCUUUUGUACACAUAUAUUUAUGAUUUCAUAGACCCUCUCUUUUUUCAUUUCAAUGGGCUUUGCUACUCUAUAUCAAUUUAUGUCUUUCCUCAACUUAUCACCAUUUUGAAAUCGUGCCGACCCCGCUUAGUAAGUUCAUUGAUUCGGACCAUCUUCGGUGGAUUUUGCGAGGAAA